AUGGCUUCUGCUGCUUCCCGCCAGCUGUUCCGCGCCGCCACCCGCGCGGCUGCGCCUGCCCGCCGCGGCUUCACCAACUCUUCGUCCAGCGUCAACGCCUCGGCGCGCGCUUCUUUCCGCCAGGGCUCUGCCGGCGCUGGCCGCCGCUACUACUCGUCCGAGACCCCCAAGCCGGGCAGUUCGUCGAGCCUGCUGUGGGUCGGUGUCGGCGCUGUCGGUGUCGGUGCCGCUGCCUACUACCUGACCCAGAACGGGUCUGCUUCGGCUGCGGCGCCCAAGGCGGCCUUCAAGCCCGAGUUCAAGGACUACCAGGCCGUCUACAACGAGAUUGCCAAGCUCCUGCAGGAGCACGACGAGUACGAUGACGGCAGCUACGGCCCUGUCCUGGUGCGCCUGGCGUGGCACGCCAGCGGCACCUACGACAAGGAGACGGGCACCGGCGGCAGCAACGGCGCCACGAUGCGCUUUGCGCCCGAGAGCAACCACGGCGCCAACGCCGGCCUGAUCAACGCGCGCAACUUCCUCGAGCCCGUCAAGGCCAAGUUCCCGUGGAUCUCGUACUCGGACCUGUGGAUCCUGGGCGGCGUCUGCUCGAUCCAGGAGAUGCUGGGCCCCAAGAUCCCCUUCCGCGCCGGCCGCCGUGACCGCGACUUCAACUCGUGCACGCCCGACGGCCGCCUGCCCGACGCCUCGCAGGGUGCCGACCACGUGCGCAACAUCUUCUACCGCAUGGGCUUCAACGACCAGGAGAUUGUGGCCCUGGCCGGCGCGCACGCCCUGGGCCGCUGCCACACGCAGAACUCGGGCUUUGACGGCCCCUGGACCUUCUCGCCGACCGUGCUGACCAACGACUACUACAAGCUUCUGCUUGGCAGCAAGUGGCAGUGGCGCAAGUGGGACGGCCCCAAGCAGUACGAGGACAAGGAGACCAAGUCCCUGAUGAUGCUGCCGGCCGACAUGGCCUUUGUCCAGGACAAGACCUUUAAGAAGACCGUCGAGAAGUACGCCGCCGACAACGACCUGUUCUUCAAGGACUUUGCCGCCGCCAUUGUCAAGCUGUUUGAGCUGGGCGUGCCUUUCCCCGAGAACACGGAAACCUACGUCUUUAAGAACCUGGGCGAGUAA